CAUGCAGUCCGUCGAUUAUUAUCUUCCGCCUAGUCUAACGUGUAACCAUCAAUGUAGUUAGUUAACUGACAGGUGUUAUGAAAUCAGCAUGAUAAAUCCAAGGAUUUAGUUAUUUUAAACACAUGUGUAUCCUGUAUACUGCUGCUAAACACUUGGUUUGUUAAAAAUGCAUACUCAAAUGCUGUGCAAAGGUACGGCAGCGGCUGUCGCUGCUCGGAGAAUGAGGAAUAUUCUGGGACCUCUCUUGGGCAGGGACGGAUGGACUCAGAGAACACAUGAGGUCAAAUUCGUCAACACCUCAUCAGGUGAGACUGUGAAGAUUGGAGAGGUCUCUUAUCAGAUCAAAACACCCCAGAAUCCAGAACUAGUUCCUGUCAUGCACAUUGCAGGCUCACUACCUCAGACAGUGGCCCAGCAUCUACGGUGGAUCAUGCAGAAAGACCUGCUGGGCCAGGAUGUCUUUCUAAUUGGACCCCCUGGACCACUGAGACGCUCCAUUGCCAUGCAGUACUUGGAGCUGACGAAACGCGAGGUGGAAUAUGUGUCCCUGUCUAGAGAUACAACAGAAACAGACUUGAAACAAAGGAGGGAGAUCCGUUCUGGUACAGCCUUCUACAUAGACCAGUGUGCUGUGCGGGCGGCUACCGAGGGCCGCAUCCUGGUGCUGGAGGGCCUGGAGAAGGCCGAGAGGAACGUGCUGCCGGUGCUCAACAACCUGCUGGAGAACCGCGAGAUGCAGCUAGAGGACGGACGCUUCCUCAUGUCCUCCCAGCGUUACGACCAGCUGCUGCAGGAGCACACCAAAGUGGAGAUGGACGCCUGGCAGAUCGUUCGCGUCAGCGAGGACUUCCGGGUCAUUGCACUGGGACUUCCUGUGCCAAAGUAUAAGGGCAACCCUCUGGACCCCCCGCUUCGCUCCCGCUUCCAGGCCAGAGACGUCUACUACCUGCCCUUCAAGGACCAGUUGGAGUUGCUGUAUGCGGCUGGACCAAACAUCGCUCCUGAAAGGGUGUCCCAGCUGCUGUCCAUGGCCACCACCCUCUGCUCCCAGGAGUCGUCGACGCUGGGCCUACCAGACUUCCCCGUGGACAACCUGCCCUCCGUUCUCCAAGUGCUGAAUGUCCUUCCCAUGCUGGCAUCCAAGCAGAUGGUGCAGAGGCUGUAUCCCUACCACAGCAUGCUGGGAAAGGAGGGACUCACUGCCGUGGAGGGUGUCCUCAGUAGAUUUGAGCUCUUGGAUGACCAUGGUCAACCGGCUCCCAGCGCUGUGGCCAGCGUCAUUCCCACCACUGAUUUCCUGGCGGAUGUCACACUGAGGAUCGCAGACAAGGAGGUCACCUUUCAGGUCCCAGCCGGCACCAAUGAACCGCGGCCACCCAACAGUAGCCCCGCCUUCAUCAGUACCCCAAGCCAGGCCCAGCUGCUGGCUGAAAUGAUGACAUCACACAUGGUCAAAGACAUGUGUCUGAUUGGGGCCAAGGGUUGUGGGAAGUCGGUGAUCGCCAGAGAGUUUGCAGAGAUACUGGGAUACAGCAUGGAGCCCGUCAUGCUGUAUCAGGACAUGACGGGUCGGGACCUGCUCCAGCAGAGGUACACGCUGCCCAACGGUGACACGGCGUGGCGGCCGUCGCCGUUGGUUACCGCCGCCCAGGAGGGAAAGCUGCUGCUUCUGGAUGGCAUACACCGGGUCAACCUGGGCACGCUGGCCGUGCUCUCCAGGCUCCUCCACGACCGGGAGCUGUCCCUGUACGACGGCACGAAGCUGCUCCGCUGGGACCGCUACCAGACGCUGAAGGAGCAGCUGGAGCUGACUGACCAGGAGCUGCAGGACAGGUCUAUAUUCCCCAUCCACCCGUCGUUCAGGAUCCUGGCCCUGGCCGAGCCCCCCGUGGUGGGGGUCCACGGUGGAGCCGGGGGGAACCAACAGUGGUUGGGCCCCGAGCUGCUCACCAUGUUCAUGUUCCACUCAGUCAGUCCCCUGGCCCGGGCGGAGGAAGCCCGCCUCAUCCAGGGACUGACGCCCAACGCCCCUACAGAGGCGGUGGAGCAGCUGCUGAACCUCGCACACAGCCUGCGCUCGGCCAAUGACCCCACGGCCAAGUCCCUGGCUUCCUCUCUCUCCACCAGACAGCUGUUGAGGGUUUGCCGCCGUCUCUCCCAGUACCCCGAGGAGAGCGUAGAGUACGCCGUCAACAAGGCCUGCCUCUCCAGGUUCCUGCCCAGCCUGGCCCGUGCCUCCCUCCAGAAGAGUCUCUCCGACUGUUUCAUCCAGAAGUCCCCAGAGCCGGCUGGAUCCAGAGCCAACCUCGGCUGUGCGGUGGAGGACGGUGUGCUGACCAUUGGCAGUGUGUCCGCUCCCAUCUUCAGCCCCGGGGAGAAGAUGAAGGUCCCCGACGUUCUCUUCUACGACAACGAGCAGCACAUGAUGGUGAUGGAGGACAUGCUGAAAGACUUCCUGCUAGGGGAACACCUUCUAUUGGUCGGAAACCAGGGCGUGGGCAAAAACAAAGUGGUUGACCGCUUCCUGCAUCUCCUGAAUCGUCCCAGGGAGUACCUGCAGCUCCACAGAGACACCACGGUCCAGACUCUCACCAUGCAGACGUCUGUCCGGGACGGCAUCAUCGUGUACGACGACUCGCCGCUGGUGAAAGCGGCAAAGCUGGGCCACAUCCUGGUGAUCGACGAGGCUGACAAGGCGCCGACCAACGUCACAUGCAUCCUGAAGGCCCUGGUGGAGAGCGGCGAGAUGAUCCUGGCCGAUGGGCGCAGAAUCGUCUCAGACCCGCGUGAGGUCCAGGCGAGGCCCAAUGUCAUCCCCAUGCACCCAGACUUCAGGAUGCUAGUCCUGGCCAACCGGCCGGGCUUCCCCUUCCUGGGGAACGACUUCUUUGGCUCUCUAGGGGACAUCUUCAGCUGCCACGCCGUUGACAACCCCAAGCCACAGGCGGAGCUGGCCAUGCUGAGGCAGUACGGCCCGCAGGUGCCCGAGGCCACCCUCCAGAAGCUGGUGGCGGCCUUCGGGGAGCUGCGCUCCAUGGCCGACCAGGGCACCAUCACCUACCCCUACUCCACCAGGGAGGUGGUCAACAUCGUCAAGCACUUGCAGAAGUUCCCCGAGGAGGGCCUGGCCAACGUGGUGCGCAACGUCUUCGACUUUGACUCGUACAACAAGGACACGCGGGACGUCCUGAUCGAGGCGCUGCACAAGCACGGCAUCCCCAUCGGAGCCAAGCCCACCUCCGUCAGCCUGGCCAAGGAGUUGCCCUUGCCAGAGGUCACCAUGUCGGGCCACUGGACCAUCAACCAGGGAGGAAACGCCCGCCGCAAGCUCCUCUGCCCCACCGAGACCCGGCAGAUAGACGUGAAGGGGCCGGCGUAUCUGCGGGUGCAGGGCUACCCCUGUGACAGGCAGGAGAGCCGGGCCUUGAGUUUCAGCGAGGAGAAGGCCCACUGGCACCUACCCAUGAAUGAGGUCAACAUCAUCUGUGACGUGGCCACCAAGGACGACUCGCUGUACGUGGCCACGUGUAACCCCGUGUCGCUGUUCUCCAUGAAGGAGCGCGGGGACACCGUCCACUGCAUGGAGCUCUACGACGUCUUCCCCAGGACCAUCAGCGGGGUCUGGCAGCCCUUCAUCACCAUCGCCCCCCUGGGAAGCCCCCUGGACGGCCAGGUGGUGCUGCAUGAGGAGCAGAGUAACACGGUUCUGCACCUGGACCUGGGAAGCGGGGCGGUGCGCCGGCUGGUUCUGUCCCCGGACGCAGAGCCGCCCGUCACCAAGUCCUCCAACUGGUGGAGCAGCAGCAGCAAGGAGCAGCAGGCAAGCUAUAAGAUGUGCCGUGAGUUCGCUCACAAAAAUUGGCUUCUCUUCUUCAAGGAGGAUGGCAACCAGCUGGAGGUGCUGGACGUCCUGGAGGGCCAGGUACACUCCAUCUCUCUGCCCAUUAACCUGAAGGACGUGUACCUGGUGGCGGAGGAGCGCUGGCUGCUAACAGAGAGCAACAGCAACAAGAAGUUCCUCCUGACUAAGCCUAUGCACAUGGGAGCAGAGGACUCUGGCGUGUGUCAGCUGCACGCCAUCAGCGAGGACGCCGUCAGCGCCGGUCACGGAGCCACCUCCGGCGAGGCGUGCGUGCCCGACAUGGUGUCGUCCGACCAGCUCCCCAACGAGAACCUGAGCGCCGCUCUGGGCCAGAGGAUCGUCUCCCCCAACCGACUGGUGGCCGACGGGGGGUCCUACGCCCAGCUGGUGGUGGGCUUCCCUGACCUGAUGUCUCCUAACGAGGUGUACAGCUUCAAGAGGCCCGUGCACCUGUCGGACGUGAAGAGCGGCGAGGGUCUCUUCCUCCGGGGAGGAGGAGGAGGGGCCGGCCCUCGCACCAGCCCGGCCAAACGCAGCAACUGCAUCGGCCUGCUCUCAGCCAAUCAGGUGGUCCGAGCCCUCCCGCCCACCCGGGUGCCCCUGAAGGAGAUCUUUCCCAAAGAUGUCACCCCUCCCAUGACAGCAGCCUACCUGGAGGUGACAGACCUGAACUCGAAGAAGCUCAAAUAUGUUCCAGUCCCAAGGUCAACGUCUGCGUCGCCCUACACAAAUUGGUUGUCUAAGGUGUCAGACUGUGACGUUGUCUUAGCCGCCCUGGGCUCUGGCAACGUAGUCACUGUUGACAUGGGCGGGUGUGUCCGUCUGUGGGAGACGGGAUUGGACAACCUGCAAAGGUCUUUGUUGGAAUGGAGGAAUAUGAUUGGCUCAGAGGACGGUCGGCCAAUACAGGUAAUUUAACUCAAUGUGUACGAUAAAAAAUGUGUGCAUUCGUAUUUAUUCUGUUUCAUUUAAAAUCACCUGCAGUUCUACUUCAGGCCACAGUGUAGCAGUAUUGUUUCACAAAUGGCUCCACAAACGCAGUACCUCAAGCAGACGGGAUGUUUUUCCCGCUGUGGUCAGACACAAGCUACCCAAAACAUUCCACAUUUCAUUCAAAUAGGAAUGUGUUCUUGCCCCCCUACCGUGUCUAGUGUGGGCGUCUCUGAAUGAGGGUCCUUUGUGCCGCUGAGGUCAUGGGUUUGACCCUGCUCUGGUCAGCACAUUCAGACCAGUGUCCCGGGCCCUGGGUCCAGGGUGAUGGAAAUACCCCACACACACACACACACACACACACACACACACAUCUAUACAUACACACACACACACACACACACACACACACACACACACACACACACACACACACACACACACACACACAUCUAUACAUACACACACACACACACACACACACCUAUAUAUCUAUACAGACUCACACACACUUACAUAUAUAUAUAUACACACAGACACACACAGACAUACACACACACACACACACACACACACACACACACACACACACACACACACACACACACACACACACACACACACACACACACACACACACACACACACACACACACACAAGACAUAGACACAGAAACACACACACAAAGACAAACACACAAAAACACACACACACACAGACACACACAGAUACACACACACACAAACACACACAGACCCACACAUACACACACCAAUACACACACACAUACACACACACAUACACAAGACAGGGUCUCUUGGAGCCAUGUGGGCGCUGUCCAGAUAGAGAAAGCAUUGUGCAAUUUGGACGAAAAGCCCAGAACUGGACCUAGAGACGUCCAAAAUUGGUUGGAAAUUCUUAGAAAUGGGCCUGCAAGGGAAAGACGACUCCAUGUUAAUGUACUGGAGAGAAUUUACGAGAGACCAGAGGUGAUCUGCUGAAAUCCUCCCAAAGUCUAGCACCUAGACUAGCCUGUGGUGCCAACAAGCCGACCCACCGCCUUGACCUUGGCUUGUGUUUGUCAAACACAAUCACACAAUCACACAGGCAGACACACACACACACACACACACACAAACACACACACACACACACGUCCACUUAUACAUACACACACGCCUAUACUGUAAACUCCCGGCCACUCCCACACGGCUAAACACCCUCAUUGGUCAGCCGGCCUUCGAUGAGGGCACCUUGAACCCGCGCUAUAGGUUGGGCCGGAGACAGAGCAGGCCCUGUGUGUUUCUUGUUAGCCCUCCGCAAACAGCAGCACCUCUCCUUUACCAUGGCCUUCACCUUGGCCAGUGCCAUACCCCUUCUCUGCAGCCCCUACAAGUGAGCCAUCGCUGUCCUCACAACGGGCCUCUGAGAGGUGCAACCUGUGCACAUAUGCUACAAUACUCUGCCACUUGCCAAAUACCAAAGUUUUUAGGGGAGUGAAGGCAGGGCAACGUGGAAUGGUUCCGUUGUAGCAAGUUUUUCGGUUAAAGAUUUACACGGGUAAAACAAGUGUUCAGACUGCAGACUUUUAUCACCGCGUCUGGUAGAUUGGUGAGCUGGACAAGGACAAAGGAUCACAUUCCACAGCUCUGGUGGGGGCACAUUAGGACCUGCGUGCACGGCCAAGUAUGCACACGCACUUACACACACACACACACACACACACACACACACAGACACACACACACACACACACACACACACACACACACACACACACACACACACACACACACA